UUCCCCUUAGUGUGUUUAAUUCCAAAGCAGCUGUUGAAACGCUGAGUGCCUGAGCAGGAAGCGGAAGCUGACAGGCUGAGAUGGUCAGGAAGCAAAACUUAGAAAUAAGGCCUGCCAAGAGACAAACUCCCUGGCUUUCAGUUGAGACCCUGAACGGCUAGGAGUUAAGAAUCAGCUAGUAAUAGCCCAGGCCUCGGAAGGAUGGAAGACCCGUUUUGGAUAAGUGUCUCCGUGCACCCCCACAAAGACAUCCUAGUCUCCUGUGGUGAAGACAGACUCUGGAAGGUGUUGGACAUUCCAAAAGCCAACGUGCUUCUCACAGGAGUUGGCCACACUGACUGGCUUUCAGACUGCUGCUUCCAUCCCAGUGGCAACAAACUGGCUACAUCAAGUGGUGACACUACAGUUAAAUUAUGGGAUCUAUGUAAAGGCAACUGCAUUUUGACGUUCGAAGGACAUGGCCAUGCAGUAUGGUCCUGCACGUGGCACUCCUGUGGCGAUUUUGUGGCCUCCUCCUCGCUGGAUAAAACUAGUAAAAUCUGGGAUGUUAAUAGUGAAAGAUGCAGAUGUACUUUGUAUGGACAUACAGAUUCUGUGAACAGCAUUGAGUUUUUUCCUUUCUCCAAUACUCUUCUGACAGGUUCUGCAGACAAGUCCCUGUCUUUAUGGGAUGCAAGAACGGGUAAAUGUGAGCAGUCACUUUAUGGCCACAUGCAUUCUGUCAACGACGCCGUUUUUGCUCCCAGGGGUCACAUGAUAGCAUCCUGUGAUGCCUGUGGGGUUACAAAGCUAUGGGACUUUCGGAAGCUGUUACCAAUUGUGUCCAUAGAUAUAGGUCCAAGUCCUGGCAAUGAGGUGAAUUUUGAUUCAUCAGGUCGAGUAUUAGCUCAGGCAAGUGGCAAUGGUGUUAUCCAUCUUCUAGAUCUUAAAUCUGGGCAGAUUCACAAAUUGCUGGGCCACGAAAGAGAGGCGCACACAGUUGUGUUUUCUCACGACGGGGAGAUUCUGUUUUCUGGAGGCUCUGAGGGCACAGUUCAAACGUGGUCUUGACGGUCAGCAUAUCCCGCUGUGGAGGGUAUUCCCUUUAAGGCUUGAAAAUGCCUCCUGUAGUCCCAAACCAGUAAAUAACUGGUUAAAUGUGCCAGCAGGUAACAUUUACAGUUUGCUUUAAAACGUGCUUUGGACAUAUAUUUUAGUGCUUAUACUGUUACUAAUAAAAAAAUAACUUUAUGCUCACUCAUUUGUGUCGGGGUCUUUUUUCUCUCUCGUUUUGAUCAGAAUUUAGAGACACGGCAUCUUUGCUAGGGGUUUUGAAAGAAACAGCUUUACAAUGACGCCUAAUGACAGACUAGAUGAAUUACAGGAGAUUGAUUUUUAAUGUUAGAGAACAAACUGCAGGAAAACCUGGCUACUUUUUUUUUCUUUUAAAAUCAGAUCCAAGCUGCAGGAAGACCUGAAGUUUAAUCAUGCAGCACCGGGCAAGUCUUUCUCCUACCAAAGGGUCAAAUAGAAUCUACGAGCAUACGUUUUUACAGAUUCUUUGACAACGAUUAUGCUUUAUCUAUUAAUAAUAAUCAGGGACUGCAGAUGGCUUAAAUCUAAAUGCAAGCCUCUCCCGGAAC